AUGUAUUCCAUAUUCAAAUACCUAUUGUAUGCAUAUCUAUUAUCAUCAUACAAAUCACUACCAUUAGCCUACUAUGUUCGUUUUUAUUGGCAAGCUUUCAAAAACCUAAUAUUACCAAUCUAUUUCCCAUCAUUUCUUGAUAAAAAUUCAUCACCUUUCCAAACUAAAACUAUUCAUACAUAUAAUUCACCAUUUGAAUGUGAUAUUUAUUUACAUAAAUCCAAUUCAACAUAUUUUGAAGAAUUAGAUAUAUCAAGAACGAAAUUGAUGACUUUAAUUUUCCAAAAAUUUUUCAUCAAGUACAAGACAGAAUCAGGAACUUGGGCUUAUGUGCCUGUUGCCAAUGUCUUUACGAGUUUUAAAAAAGAGAUUAAACCAUAUCAGAAGUAUGAUGUCAAGAGUAGAAUACUUGGUUGGGAUUCGAAAUGGAUUUUCAUCUUGAGUAAAUUUGAAAGUGGACAAGGGUUGCAUGCUGUUAGUAUAACUAAAUAUGUCUUGAAAGAUAAAAGGAAAACAAUUGCACCUGUGAAGGCUUUGGAAUUUUGUGGUGAAGAGUCUCGUAAAGGUGUUGAAAUGGUUGAUUGGUUUAUUGAAACUGGAGAUGUUGAGGAGUUGGAGAUAUAA